GCAGUGGUUUGGUUUGAAUGAGCGGCGCGGGGAGCGCGUGGAGGAGCGGCGGUCUCUCGUGCCAAGGACGCGCGCACUCACACCGCGCGCAGCACAAUGCUGGAAACCAAGUUUUUAUCCACGCAAUGAAUCCUGCCAACGAAACCAGAGCCGAGAGAAGCGCAGAACAUUAUAUUUUUGCUGUUGGCACCUACAAACUUCUCGCGUUCACCAUCGGGACCAUUGGAGUAUUCGGCUUCUGCAAUAACGCGGUUGUCAUCAUACUCUACUGCAAAUUCAAGAGACUCCGGACGCCCACCAAUCUGUUACUGGUCAACAUAAGUUUGAGUGAUUUUCUGGUUUCUGUCAUCGGAAUAAACUUUACGUUUGCUUCGUGCGUCAAAGGCGGAUGGACUUGGAGCCAGGCGACAUGCAUCUGGGACGGAUUCAGCAACAGCUUAUUUGGCAUCGUUUCCAUCAUGACUUUGGCUGCCCUGGCCUAUGAGCGCUACAUCCGGGUGGUCCAUGCACAGGUGGUGGACUUCCCCUGGGCGUGGCGGGCCAUCGGCCACAUCUGGCUGUACUCCCUGGCCUGGACGGGGGCUCCUCUGCUCGGGUGGAACCGCUACACGCUGGAGAUCCACCAGUUGGGCUGCUCCUUGGACUGGACGUCUAAGGAUCCAAAUGAUGCCUCCUUCAUCCUCUUCUUCCUCCUGGCCUGUUUCUUUGUGCCUGUGGGAAUCAUGAUCUACUGCUACGGGAACAUCCUCUAUACAGUGCAAAUGCUGCGCUCCAUACAGGACCUCCAGACGGUUCAGAUCAUCAAAAUCUUGCGGUACGAGAAGAAGGUCGCUGUUAUGUUUUUCCUGAUGAUCUCCUGCUUCCUGAUGUGUUGGACGCCGUACGCUGUUGUGUCCAUGAUGGAGGCCUUCGGCAGGAAGAGCAUGGUCUCUCCCACAGUGGCCAUCAUCCCCUCGUUCUUUGCCAAGUCCAGCACAGCCUACAACCCCCUCAUCUACGUGUUCAUGAGCAGAAGGUUCAGGCGCUGUUUGCUGCAGCUGCUCUGUUCCCGCCUCUCUUGGCUGCAGCGCGGCCUCAAAGAGCGGCCCCUCGCCCCGGUCGAGCGCCCCAUCCGACCGAUCGUCAUGUCCAGGGCCUGCAGCAGGAGGGACCGACCCAAGAAGAGGGUGACCUUCAGCUCCUCCUCCAUCGUCUUCAUCAUCACCAGUGAUGACUUCCGCCACCUGGAUGUGUCCUCCAAGAGUGGAGAUUCCUCGGGGGUUAAUGUCAUACAAGUGAGGCCACUGUGAUCCACAAGGACUGGACUUAUCACCCCACCACUCCGUAUGCCUUAGAACUUAAAAUGCAAUUCCAAGCCAAAAUAAUCCCGUCUGACCUUUCUGGACAUUUCUGCGUCCACGCACGAUUACAGACUUGCUACAACUUAUUGUAAAUAUCCAACUGUCAGCCCAAGAUCUCAAUUAAACAGUGUUUUGUCUAAGCAGGUAGUAUGAAAGUGUGACAUCCUCAUCUAACAUCAGCCGUGGUUAUAGAUGUAGUAUUGUUUCUCUUGGAAAACGAAUCACUAUAAUAUCCCACUUAUUAUACGGUAUGUGACGACUGCAGAGCUGUGUCCGGUAUUCAGAGGCCAGUGGUUUUACUAAUAUGGAUCAACAUGUAGAUUUUUUUGGUUGGUACCCAACUGCAAGUGUGUAAAACGUAAGAUGGAAAGCCUUAGUUCCUUAGCCAUGGACCAUAAUACACAAACAUGACAUUAUUGUGUAUGGAUUCAAUAAAGAGAUCCUAUUUUAAGCAA